AUGGUUAUAUAUAAUUCCUUAAAAUCCUUUAACCGUAUCGCCUAUAGAUUUAAUGGCUUGAGGAAUACAACAAGGCCUUACACAAAUUCCCCUAGACUGUUUUCGACUUCCAGAGAUGAAACUCAACAAAACUUUUGUAGUCCACCAUUUGAAAGUAAAUUGUUCAAGGAUUAUGUAGAAUUCUCAGUCAACUCUUACAAAUCUAGCAAGGAUGCUGUUGACUCUGAAAUGACUAACCUAUUGGCUAACCAUAAACUUUUACUGUUUAUGGAAGGCUCCGUAGAUGCUCCAAAGUCUCUUUGCGCAGGCAAUAUCGUGAAGAUGUUUACACUUUUACAAGUUUUAAACUUUCAUACUCUGGACGUUUUAUCGAACCCUCCAGUCUUCGGAUUUCUAUGCUCCAAAUUUGGUGAGCCAGUUAGGAAUAUUUUGUUCAAGGACGGAGCUCCCUUUGCUGGACACGAUGAGCUUCUGGAGCUCUUUAGGCGCGGCAAACUCCUUCAAGCCUUGGGAGUUCCCAAAACCACAAACAAAAGCACUCCUAAGGAAUUCGCUAACCACCUGCCAAUCGCAAACUACUAA